CUUUUUUCACCUAUUCAGUGUCGUCGUCGUCGUCUUCCUCAUUUCUCAUUCUUCCUCCGAUACCGAGAUCUCGUUAACAAAAAAAAAACUAAUCUCAAAUCUCCAGAAACCAGCUCGUGUGUAUAUAACAGAAACCAAUUCGAUCUGUGCCUAAGAAUCGCUAGGAUCGAAGAUGCCGGUUGCAGCUUCCGCCAUCUACUUUCUCAACCUCCGUGGCGAUGUACUCAUCAAUCGCACCUACCGAGACGACGUCGGGGGAAACAUGGUGGACGCGUUUCGAACGCACAUAAUGCAAACGAAGGAGCUAGGGAACUGUCCCGUGCGUCAGAUUGGUGGAUGCUCCUUCGUCUAUAUGCGAAUCAGCAAUGUCUACAUCGUCAUUGUCGUCAGCAGCAAUGCUAAUGUUGCUUGUGGCUUCAAAUUCGUUGUUGAGGCUGUUGCUUUGUUCAAAUCAUACUUUGGUGGAGCUUUUGAUGAAGACGCUAUUAAGAAUAACUUUGUCCUCAUUUAUGAAUUGUUGGACGAGAUUAUGGACUUUGGCUAUCCACAGAAUCUCUCCCCUGAAAUUUUGAAGCUUUAUAUUACUCAGGAGGGUGUACGGUCACCGUUUUCAUCUAAGCCGAAGGACAAGCCUGUUCCGAAUGCAACGCUGCAAGUUACAGGUGCUGUUGGUUGGCGAAGAGAGGGUCUUUCUUAUAAAAAGAAUGAGGUGUUUCUGGAUAUUGUGGAAAGCGUAAACCUUCUUAUGUCAUCUAAAGGCAAUGUUCUUCGGUGUGAUGUGACUGGGAAAGUUUUAAUGAAAUGUUUCCUUUCGGGAAUGCCUGAUUUGAAGUUGGGGUUGAAUGAUAAAAUUGGUCUUGAGAAAGAAUCGGAAAUGAAAUCUCGUCCAGCUAAGAGUGGUAAAACAAUUGAGCUUGAUGACGUCACUUUUCACCAGUGUGUGAACCUGACGAGAUUCAACUCGGAGAAGACCGUUAGCUUUGUACCACCGGAUGGUGAAUUUGAACUGAUGAAGUAUCGAAUAACAGAGGGUGUGAACCUGCCUUUCCGAGUAUUACCAACGAUUAAAGAACUUGGUCGCACACGCAUGGAAGUAAAUGUGAAGGUUAAAAGUGUGUUUGGUGCUAAAAUGUUUGCCCUUGGAGUCGUAGUUAAGAUUCCAGUGCCAAAACAAACAGCAAAGACGAACUUCCAAGUGACAUCUGGUCGCGCUAAGUACAAUCCAUCAAUCGAUUGCUUGGUUUGGAAGAUAAGAAAGUUUCCAGGACAAACAGAAUCCACACUAAGUGCAGAGAUUGAGUUGAUCUCAACAAUGGGAGAGAAGAAAUCCUGGACAAGACCACCAAUCCAGAUGGAAUUUCAGGUGCCAAUGUUCACAGCAUCUGGUUUGCGAGUUCGUUUCCUCAAGGUGUGGGAGAAGAGCGGUUACAACACGGUGGAGUGGGUUCGAUACAUAACGAAAGCUGGAUCCUAUGAGAUCAGAUGCUGAAAUUAAAAAAUCACAUUUCAGGUUCAGUCAAAUCAGACUUGAGAAGCUCAUGGCUUCUAGCUUUUGUUCCUUAAGAGUUAGAUAUCGUUUAUAUCUCGUUGCUUGACCAUAAGAGGUAUCUUGUGUUCAUAUGAUUUCUUACGUCUUUGGUUUUUAAUAAGUUCUCUUCUCUGUUUGUGAAAUUAAUUUGGUGUAGUUGAGCGUGAUCGUAUUUGUGAAAGAAAUAAGUUCUAUGAUGUGUUAACUAAAAUGAAUUUCGUAAUUAAUAUUUGAAUGUUACACUGAAA